CUCGCGCCAAAUUUUGGAGCGAAAAAAAUGGCGGAAGGCGAAGUGAAACAGAGCACGGCAGAAAAUACAGCUUACGACAGGAACGAUCUGCCCGAGUUACUACCGAUCUACUACAAGAGACUGUUCCCUUACGGACCGUACUACAAGUGGCUCAGCUAUGGAGGAGUGGAAAAGUCGUAUUUCCAAAACCGCGAGUUCUCCUUUACGCUGAAGGACGACAUCUACAUCCGCUACCAGUCCUUCUCCGACCAAUCAGAGAUGGAGAAGGAGAUCCAGAGAGUCAUGCCGUACAAGAUCGACAUCGGAGCCGUCUUCUCACACAAGCCAAAGGACCACAAAACGGUGAAGCCAGGAGCCUUCCAGGCACAGGAGAAAGAACUGGUGUUUGAUAUCGACAUGACAGAUUAUGAUGAUGUCAGGAACUGUUGCUCGGGAGCAAACAUCUGUGAAAAUUGCUGGCCUCUGAUGGUUAUAGCAAUCAAGAUUGUGGAUAGAGCACUCAGAGAUGAUUUUGGAUUUGAGCACCGUUUGUGGGUGUACUCUGGCAGGAGAGGUGUUCACUGUUGGGUGUGUGAUGAGAGCACCAGAAAACUGGACCAGACAGCCAGGACAGCCAUCGCGGAGUAUCUCAGUGUGGUCAAGGGUGGUGAAUCACAGAUUAAAAAGGUGACCAUGCGUGAUCCGAUGCACCCGUCCCUGAAGGCAGCGUUUGAGAUCAUGAGUAAACACAUGAAACACUACCUGUUUGAACAACAGGACAUCCUGGGGACUGAAGACAGGCUGAAGAAAGUUCUGAGGCUCUUCCCUGAACAAGGUCUAAGAGAGAUCCUUAAAGAAGAUGCUGACAAAGGGGGAGACUCGAAAGACAUCUGGGAGAGAUGGCUCAAGACGGUGAAAUCUGAGAAGGAAAGGGAUAACAUGAAGAAGAGUCCGUUCCCUCUCCAUGAGGUGGUGUUCCAGUACUGCUACCCUCGUCUGGACGUUAAUGUUAGCAAAGGUGUCAACCAUCUGCUGAAGAGUCCCUUCUGUAUUCAUCCCAAAACAGGACGGGUGUGUGUUCCCAUUGAUGUGGAGGAUGUCGACAACUUUGACCCAUUUGCAGUACCCACAAUAAGCACUUUGUGCAAAGAGAUAGACGAGUACAAGGAACAACCUGGGAAGGAGAAUGAGGCUCAACCUGGGACCAAGAGGAAAAUCCAAGACUAUCAGAAGACAAGCCUGAAGAAAAGUGUGGAGACCUUCAACAAAUUUGUUAAGGGACUGUCCGGCACAUGGAAGGGCAAAAUGAUUGAAAACAGCGAUCAAAAAGGAGACUUCUGAGGAUAUGUUUUUGGCGAUGCCACAGGGGUAUUCUUUUUUCCCACCUUUGUCUUCUGUACUUACCUUGCUCACAACCUUGUAAACAAAAGCGAAAUGCCACAUGUCAAGUACCUGUAGUGCCUUUAUUAAAUAUAUAUAAUACUUUACAGCACAGCAUGCUUGAUACAUCUGUAUAUACAAACACUGAUAUAUUUUCCAAACCUUAUAUUAUGAUUAUACUUUAUAUCUAACAACAGUAUGAUAAAAUCAUACAUGCUUUGUAUACCUAUGUGAUUUCAAUAUAUAACAUUCGCAGUGGAUCUAUGGUUCGCAUUUGUCAGUAGAAAUCUUAAGUGGUUUUGAGGGGGGUAUUUAGUGGGGGGAACUAUACAUGCCUCAAUACAUUGGUACUGCCAAGCCUACCCUCUUUGCUUUGCAUUGACAUAUGCAUGGACAGAAUACACUAAUACCGGUAGUAUUGUUUUUUAAUAGUGCUAGCCUAAUGCAAAAGGGGGUGUCUGAAAAUAUCAACUCCCCCUGCAGAAUUACAAUGACAGCUUCAUAAAAAGCACACGUAAAAGCAGUAAUUACACGAAAUGGUUUGCAAAUUACACGAAAUGGUUUGCACCAAAACCAUGUGAUUGUCUUGUGAAAACGCAUCUGCCUUAAAAGCUCUUAUGUACAAAUUUACACCAGCAAUUUCAUUAUUGCCCUUUACUAACAUGGUUGUUGUAACUGGUAAAUUACAGUUUUACAUUUAUGUGGUAAUGUUUUUAUUAGUGCAAAGUACUUUUUCCAUUUCGUUUCAUUUAACUAAUGGCAAGUCCUAUCAAAGGGGAAAACAGGGAUACUGGCAAAGUGCAUUUGCUCAUUAAUGGUGUUAUACCAGAAGGUCAUUUCAAAAUAAUCACUAAGUAUCUAAUAGUAUCUGUAUACCCUGUGUUAACACCC